UUGGACGUCCCCACCUACUACUAGUAUCGACUAAUGUAAAGACAGCAGCACAGCUUCCAAAAGUUCACAAAGGGCGUAAGAACACACUUACAACACGCUAGGUCGUACUGCUACAUACUUGGUACUUUGAAAUUAUUACACAAAAACACAGUAUACUUCAUAUUUAUUAUUCAAAGAAACAAAUACAUAAAUACAAUGGCUAAAGGAGAAGGGAGCGAGCAGUAUUCAAAUACCAAUCUGUUACAAAACAAACCAUUGAAUGAAGAUGACGUAAAAUUAGCAACCAAGAGUGACCGAGGCGGCAGGCUGACUGUGUGCAAUAAGAUCUGCUAUGCUAUCGGUGGUGCUCCCUAUCAGAUCACAGGAUGUGCCCUGGGGUUCUUCCUACAGAUAUACCUGCUCGACGUGGCUCAGCUGGACCCGUUCUACGCCUCCAUCAUCCUGUUUGUGGGCCGGGCCUGGGACGCUGUCACUGACCCCACGGUGGGCUUCCUGGUCAGUCGAAGCUGCUGGACCCGAUUCGGACGCAUGAUGCCCUGGAUUUUGCUCUCCACUCCAUUUGCGGUGGCCUCCUAUUUUCUCAUCUGGUACGUCCCGUCGUUUGACCAAGGCAAGGUGAUCUGGUACCUGGUUUUCUAUUGCCUCUUCCAGACACUGCAGACGUGUUUCCACGUGCCCUACUCAUCCCUCACCAUGUUUAUCAGCUCUGAGCAGAAGGAGAGAGACUCUGCCACUGCCUACCGUAUGACGGUGGAGGUCCUGGGCUCUGUUUUGGGCACGGCUAUCCAAGGUCAGAUUGUGGGGGGUGCCAACGUUCCUUGCAUUCCGAGUGCCCUGGACUUUGGCAGGGGGGUCAACGCCACAGUGUUCCUGCCAGAGGUCAACGUCACCAAGGAGUACGUCUCCCUGGACGAACUGGUGCUACAGAAAAAGUCCUACAUGGUCGCGGCAGGUGUCAUCGGCAUCGUUUACAUCGUGUGUGCUUUCAUUGUGUUCUUUGGCGUACGGGAAAGACCAGACCCCACCACUCUCCUGGCGAAGAAGCCCAUUUCCUUCUUCCAGGGCCUGCGCUUGGUGAUGGGGCACGGGCCGUACGCCAAGCUGGUCAUGGGCUUUCUCUUCACAUCCCUGGCCUUCAUGCUCCUGGAAGGGAAUUUCGCUCUUUUCUGCACCUACACUCUGGGAUUCCGGAAUGACUUUCAGAACAUUCUUCUGGCCAUCAUGAUCUCCGCUACCCUGACCAUCCCCUUCUGGCAGUGGUUUCUGACGAAGUUCGGAAAGAAGACAGCAGUGUACUUUGGGAUCUCGUGGGUGAUCCCCUUCAUGAUUCUCAUCGUCUUGAUCGAGAGUAACCUCAUCGUGACCUACGUGGUGUCCGUGGCGGCUGGGAUCAGCGUGGCCGCAGCCUUCCUUCUGCCCUGGUCCAUGCUUCCAGACGUGAUCGAUGACUUCAAGAUCUGUAACCCCCAGUCCCAAGGGCACGAGGCCAUCUUCUACUCCUUCUAUGUCUUCUUCACCAAGUUCGCCUCCGGAGUGUCCCUGGGCAUCUCCACACUCAGUCUAGAUUUCGCAGGGUACCUGACGCGGGGCUGCUCUCAGCCGGACGCAGUCAAUCUAACCCUGAAGAUGCUGGUGUCCCCUGCGCCCAUCGUGCUCAUCAUCCUGGGGCUCAUCAUCUUUAAGCUGUACCCCAUCAACGAGGAGACUCGGCAGAAGAACAAGAAGAUUUUACAGGACAUGCGAAAUCCUGCAGGGAUAACGAACACGACUCUGAGACAAACUCCAGUAUAGUGUAACAGACCGGAGCCGUCUCUCUGUACUGGUGUUUAAACUGGGCUGCGGCACUGGGGAACAGCAAAAAAAACUGCGGAAAACGGCCCAACUUGGAGUGACCGAGCCUACCUUGACACCUCGAGAGAACCCCAGGCUUUGCAGGCCUGACGUUCACGGAUCCUUACAAUUUGGGAUCUGAAAACUCUUGGGAGCUUUACAAACCUCCUUUACAAUAAGUAAAUCAGCCUGACCCAUAGCAUCCGUGAACAAAUGUGAAAAAAAAUGUCCUUAUUUAUUGGGGUGAGGUGGUGGGGCGGGGGAGUUUAAUGUAUUUAUCAUUGAAUACAGUACACUGACGGAACCUAAAAGCUGCUCAUUGCUCUGGACUCACCAGUAAGAUCUCCACAGUCCCGGGUAUUUCCUCCUUGGGUUUAAGAUCUCUAAUUUAUGCAUUAAAAGACCCCAGCAGAUUUGUACCUAACUGGAGAAUCAACCCCUUAAUGCCUGACCCUUAUGCUGUUACUUGUAAUACUUCAUUCACAGGCAGUGAUGUCUCUUCCACACUACUGAAAACACUAGACUCAGGGUUUAAAAGAAGUAGCAGCUAUAUGACAAACUGUACUGAAGCAGUGUUAAACAGACACCCACUCAUGCUGGAUUAAACUGAGACUUGCUGACAACUGUUUCAGGUCUUUCUAGUCUUACCUGUAGUGGUUUUUAAAGCGCAGAGAUAACCUUUUUAAUAAUAAUAAUGAUAAUAUUGAAGGUGUUAAAAGAUUUGCUGCUGUUUAAACCUACAGUACAGCAACAAUGCAUCCAGGAGUUCCAGAAAUGGGUGGUGUCCCAUUUGUUUUUAUUUAUUUAUUUAUUUUCUCACUUCGUACCGUACGGACCGUAUUCUCAAAGACUCCCAAUGAGAAAAACACCUGCUGAUGCCAAAAACCAGCAGCGCAUGCUUUCGCGUCGUGUCCUGUAGUUAUCACAGGAGUCUGUUUACACUAAUACUCCUAUCCGUAUUUCAUGUCAUGUUUACAGGUCAUUUCAUACACGCGAGGAGCCCUGUACAGCAUGUCAGUAUUGCUCAUGAUGAGCAUAGCUUCUGUGUACAGUUUGGGAGUUGAUUUAUUUGAGUCCCAGUUAUCAAUAGCUUAAAGUGGACUGAAAUCCAAAAACAAGCACUUCUGAAACACAUGCUACCAUUACGUUUUGUAAUGUUGUGCUACAAGCAAAGCGAUCGCGCAGACCUGGAUACAGUGAAUGUUAAACUUCAAUGAUCUGAGCCCUUCCUAUGUGAUAUGUGAAUGUGUUGUGUUUUUUGAUAUUGUGCAGAUAGUGUCUCUUCUCUCUCUAAAGCACUUGUGAACUGGGUGGCAGUCUUCUCUGUGAAGGAGCGAUUUAUAUCCUGCCUGAAUCUUGCUCUUGGUUUACUGAUGUUCUGAAGCGUUCGCCUGGAGCACACUUCAGAAUGUAAAGAAUACAAAUGGAAGUUAGACUCCCAUUGCUUUGCAAGCGGAGCCGUUCCAGGUUUUACUGUGAGCUUAAUUACGGAUCCCUUGGUUAGCACAAGUACAACCAUUUGUGUCAUGUUUGCUUAUGUUAACCCCGUCUCCAGCAGCUUCUCGUAACGUUGAGAAAGUAUAAGUCAAAUGAAAAGCUAGUCAAAGGAAAACCUGGAAUGACCCAAAAUGCUCUGCAACGGCAGUCUUUCUAUCACUAGUCUGUGAUAUGUGACUCCUGGGGUAAUUGCCUCUGUACAGGGUUUUGAAUCUGAGUUGUCUGUUUCUCCUUUGCACUUAUAAAGAGGGGAGCCAGACCAGCUUGGCCGCAGGCUCUGGCUAGCUCUACACUGUAGCACUAGACUUGUGUUUAUUCAUCCUAGGCUAUAUGCAUGAAAGCCAAGUCCUUUUUUUUUUUUCUUUUUUUUGACUCAUUUAGUUACCUGCUGUUGGUAAAAGCUCUACUAAGUUAAUAAAAUCAUUGCACGGGUACCAUUCAGUUUGCCUGUGUUGCUCACAAUGUAACGUGAUGCUGAUGAAUCUGUAGAAAUACAAAUGGACAGCUGUGGCCAAAAGUUUUGCAUCGCCUAGAAUUUGUAGGAUUGAGACACCAAUUUAAACUGUCCACUAUAAAACAUUGGCUUGGUAGGUUAAAUGCACAGAAUUAAAUUAAAAUAAUGAAAUGCACUGUAGGUUAAAUGCACUCGUUUGAGUUGGUGGCACCACACAGAGGUAGCAGGCCGUGGAUUGGAUGUGCAUGGAAGAUGAGCUCUCCAGACCGGCCGGUCCCUCCAGUGGAGUGGAGAGAACGCAGCAUGGAAUCGCUUGUUAAUGUUGUUUACAUUGGACUCUUUUCCGUGGUGUUUGCAACCCCUCCAGGUGGGCUGUGUUGCGCCAGUGUAUUAGGUUGGCAUUUCUGAGCUUGUGUGGAGAAGUGCUCGUUCCUCCUUCCAUACAAAUCAUGUGACAACUCAGAGACGCCUACUCUCGUCAGACUUCAGAAUGACUGAUCAUGACUGUAAAUGCCAAAAACCAAACUGGGGGGGGGGGGGUACAGUACUUAUUCUUUCAAAUAAACGGCAGUUCUAACCAGUUCUAAAAUGCCAUUCUUUUUCAAGUUGCUAUAGAUUCCUCCUGAUAGUUGUUCAAAGACAUUCCUAUACAGGGGUGUACUGGGAUCCACACAAUGGUCAGCAUUACCCUUCCUACCAAACAGCAUCACCCUAAUGUCUGUUUAUAUGUAGAUCCUUUGUAAAUAUAACUAUAGCUGAGGUGAACUUGUACAGUAACACUAGUCAUGUGUUAAAUUAAAAUUUGUUCUUGAACAAAAUGUAUUUUUGUGAAAACUUUUUUUGUAAAAAAAAAAUGGAAAUAAUAAUAAUAAUAAUAAUAAUAAUAAAAUGGUAUUGUCACUAAAACUCUGGAUUGUUAUUUA